ACAUCAUCGACCAAACCAAACACCCAAAUUCUUCGACCCCAAUCAUCACCUGUUCGAUCCCAAAUCAAACCUCUCUCUCCUUCCAGCCAAUCAGAUCCCUCCACCUCACCAAUGCUCUGCUCCGUCCGCGCCACCAAGUCCGGUCCCAACUGGCUGGACCGCCUCCGGUCCAACAAGGGCUUCCCUGCCUGCGACAACCUCGACCUCGACCACUUCCUUAAACAUAACCCCACCUCCUCCUCGGAAUCCCCAAACCCCAAUGCCGACUCAACUCCACUUGUCUCAAAUCGACCCGAAUCUUCCGGUCCGACCCGAGACGCCAAAAAGGGAGAGGCAUUGCUGGGCCUGAUGAGCACCGCCAUCUCCGAGCUGUUCUUCAUCGACGGCUCCGAAGAAAGCUCCAGACUUUCCGGGAAAAAAGUCCCCAGAAAACAAACCCACCCCAGACUCUGUGUCACUAGCAAACUCAAGAGCUCAGGCAGCAUUGGAAAUGACGUAAAUGACCUUAGGACUGUGCCUUCGUUGAAUUCGAAGAAUGAGGUAGAGUUGGAGGAGAGAGGGGAGAGAGAGCUGAAGGGGUAUUCGAAGAGCGAAGUGACGGUGAUCGAUACGAGCUGUGAAGUUUGGAAGACGGAGAAGUUGGUGUUUAGGAGAAAGAGUGUUUGGAAAGUGAGGGAGAAGAAGAGCAAGGUGAGGAGCUUUGGGAGGAAUAAGAGGAAAGUGGUGAGUGGUGAUGAGGAAGGUGAUGAUGGCAUUGAGGAGAAGAGGAAGAAGAAGAAGGAAGCCGAGGUUUCGGAUCAAUGUAUAUCUCUCAACCCCAUUGAAAAUUCACGGAAUGACGCAAGGAAGGAAGUCUGCAAAGACGCCACUGAUAAUCUUAAUGACAGAGGGAAAGAUUUCUGUAAAGACAACAUGCCAGAUGACAGAGAAGAUUCAGAAAAGGGGUUUCCUUUGAAACCAAGAAAAACAAUAAAGGAUGGCUCGUCUCUUGUCUUUAUUAAAGGCAUUCCCACGGAUGAGAAAAAUGAAGGAAAGCUUCCCAGGAAGUGUCUGAAGGACAGCCAAAGGAAAUUCAAGGCAUGAUUGAUCAUAAAUCAGCCACAGGGGGAAGUUUUGCCCCCAGAAAGAUCUAGCUGUCUGCAAUGCAACAGCCUAAUGACAGCACCGG